CAGCAAACAAGUGAUUCACAUCGACAAGAUGAUCUUUCCAUUGUUCGCACUGUUCGCCUCGAGCUUGGCUUUCCCCACGGUGAAGCGCUGCGGUGCGCAGACGUAUGAGGCGGAAGACGCUGCUCUCAGUGGCACCCAAGUUCUGACGGACUUGGGUGGAUACAGCGGCUCUGGGUAUGUCGGUGGCUUCGAUCAGGCCUCCGACAAGAUCACCUUCUCCGUGGAUAGCUCAUCCGAAAAGCUGUACGACGUGACCAUUCGCUAUGCUACACCAUAUGGAGAGAAGACAGCGACCCUCUCUCUGAACGGGGGCACCAACAGCGACAUCUACCUCGCAGCGACCGACAGCUGGAAGGACGUCAAAGCUGGUCAGCUGCUGCUCAACGAGGGCUCAAACAGCAUCGACAUUGUCAGCAACUGGGGAUGGUAUUUGAUCGACUCCCUCACCUUGAGCGAGACAGCGGCUGCUCCUGACCACAACAUCAACCCCACACUCGUCAACCCAAACGCCAACGCCGAUGCCGUCGCCCUUUAUGACUAUCUUCGCUCCAUUUACGGCAAAAACAUCCUCUCUGGUCAGCAAGACCUCGAGUGGACCGAGUGGCUCGCGCAGCAGACUGGCAAGACACCUGCCCUCGUGGCGGUGGACCUGAUGGACUACAGCCCCUCCCGUGUCGAGAGGCAGGGCCAGGUCGCCACGACCGUCGAGGACGCCAUCACCUUCUCCGAAAAGGGCGGCAUCGUCUCCGUGCUGUGGCACUGGAAUGCCCCCGCUGGCCUCUACGACACGUCCGAGAACCCCUGGUGGAGUGGCUUCUACACCAGGGCCACCAGCUUCAACGUCGCCACGGCCCUGGCGGAUCCCAACGGCAACGACUACAAGCUCAUCAUCAGGGACAUUGACGCCAUCGCCAAAGAGCUGCUUCGCCUCCAGGACGCCAACGUACCCGUGCUCUGGCGUCCCUUGCAUGAGGCUGAAGGCAAGUGGUUCUGGUGGGGCGCCCAGGGUCCCGAGCCAUGCAAGCAACUCUGGGAGCUCAUGUACGAUCGUAUGACCAACCAUCACGGCUUGAACAACUUGAUCUGGGUCUGGAACUCGCUUGCCCCUGAAUGGUAUCCCGAUCCCGAUACCGUGGACAUUCUGGCCGCCGAUGUCUACGCCCAAGGCAAUGGACCCAUGUCAGCCGAGUACAAUCGCCUCAUUGAGCUAGGCAACGACCAGAAGCUCAUCGCCGCCUCGGAGGUUGGUUCCGCGCCGGAUCCUGAUCAACUGCAAGCGUACCAGGCCCACUGGCUGUGGUUCGCCGUCUGGACAGAUGGCUUCAUCAACAACGCCGACUACAACCCGCCCGAGCUCCUGAAGCAGAUCUACAAUGACGAAUAUGUCUUGACGCUGGAUGAGAUUUCGGGUUGGCGGGGAUAGGAGGAUGAGACAUGUCUGAAAUUCGAGUGCGGGUUCUUCUCCAAUAACAUCAUUGUUAGAACUCAAUUGACUCGAAAGUACCAUCCUUCAACUGGUUGUUAUAUCUGUUGAGGAUUUGUG